AUGUCUGCACCUUUAAACGUUGGUAUUGUAGGUACCGGUAUCUUUGCAAGAAACAAGCACUUGCCCACUUUCCAACAGCACAGCGAUAAGUUCAAACCAGUCGCAUGUUUCAACAGGACCAAGAGUAAAGCAGAUGCGUUUGCUGUCACUGCUGGUAUCGAGGAGUCUAAAGUUUACGCAGAUUUGGACCAUUUGUUGCAAGAUGAUUCCGUUGACGUAGUGGAUGUGAUGGUUCCUGUUCAAUUCAACUAUGAGACUGCGAAGAAGAGUGUAGAAGCUGGUAAACCGGUGAUCUUGGAAAAGCCGAUUGAAGCUAACUUGGAACAGGCUAAGAAAUUGGUUCAAUUGGCUGAAUCUACCGAGCUUCCAGUUGCUAUCGCAGAGAAUUGGUUACAUUUAGAAUGUGUGCCAAUAAUGAAAGAGAAAUUGGCUAAGAUUGGUCCAAUUGCUGCGUUCACUUACAAUUCCACUGGUCCCUUCUAUCCAUCGAGUGAAUACCUGGCUACCAGUUGGAGAAAACAUCCAGAACACAUUGGUGGGUUUUUGUCCGACGGUGGUGUUCAUCAACUUGCGUUGUUGACUACUCUAUUGGGGGACAUCGGUAGCAUUGCUGCGUUUUCUAACCAAUUGAGAAAGGAAUCUGGUACUAACGAUAUAGUGUUUUCCAGCGUAAAGCUCAGAGACUCGGAUGUUAUAGGUACGUUUACAUAUGGGUCUGCAUUCGGUGCCACUGAGAAGAGUGUCUUUUUGAAGGUUUACGGUUUGAAUGGGUCUGUCACUAUGAACAUCAAUGCUCGUACAUGUACCACGAUCAAGACUAUGAUCGGUUCUACGGGAGAAGUAGAAGCUGAGGAGGAAACCGUGGAAGUUAAGGAACAACCUUUCUUUGGUGUGGAAGCAGAAUUCGAAAACUUCUAUGAAGCCGUCUCAAAGAAGGACAAAUCUAUCGUUAAGGGUUCUCCUAGAGUGGCAUUCCAUCAUUUGGCAAUUGUUGCUGCGUUCCUUGAAUCAGCCGCCAAAGAAGGUACUGCUAUCGUUGUACAACAGCCAUGA